AGAGCACGACAGACUCAUCAAACUGAGCUGGAGUCGAAGCUUUCGGAGCAGAUCAUUGGUCAUGAGGAACGCUGUGAUCUUUGUGCUGUUGUCAGCACUGACGCCCGUGGCGUUCUCCCAGCUCCAUGACUUCAUCUUCGUGCCUCUGAAUGUGAGCUGGUCCGAGGCUCAGGCCUUCUGCAGAGAGCAUUACACUGAUCUCGCCACCGUCGAUGACAAGGAGGACAAUGACAAUCUGUUGAAUGUCAUGGCAAACGUAUCAAGUGCUUGGAUCGGACUCCAUCGGACUUCGUCAGCAUCUCCUUUAAUCUGGUCGGAUCAGAGCGGAUCCACGUUUUCAGACUGGGCUGCUGGCCAACCCAACAAUUACGCUGGUAUACAGUGGUGUGUUAAUAUUUUAUAUAACAAAUGGAGCGACCAGGAAUGCUUUAUCAAAGUUCCUUUUGUGUGUUAUUUUGGGAAGAGGAGACAGAUCGUGAGACUGGAGAUGAAAUCAGGUCAAGAUCUGAACGAUCCGGAAGUGAAGAAAGAGAUUUUAGCGAAGAUGGAGCAGAUCCUGAAGGAGAAGGGGAUGUCAGGAGAAGCUCAACUUUCAUGGAGAACCCAAUCCGAUGGGAAUGUCUUCCAGACGAAGGACCCGAAGAAGAGUGACGCCCCUAAACAGAAUUGUUAGUUGGAGAGUUGGCAGCCCUGUGUUCAAGCUUUUAUUUAAUCUUGUUAGUUAUUUACUGGGCAAAUGCUAAACAGGAGAAGACGUCUAUCACUAUUUAUUUUAUUUGUUUAAGUAUGAACUCUUCUGUUUUUAUUAUUCUUUUGUUCAGGGUUGUUUUCAUGAGUAAUCAAGUAGAAAAGCUAGAAUCCUUUAUUGUGCAUUGUUAUCAGAAGUGUGUCUGUGAUAUUAUCUGUGCUAAUAAAUACCGUU